UCUCUAUCACUGUGGGAUAAAGGGUUUUACUUGCGCCAGUUGAGCGUCAGCUGGUGAGGCGAAGGAACACGAGGCGGGUCAGAAAGUGUGAGAAAGGAAUUGCUUUGGAACGGUGAGGCGCCCUUGACCGCGGCAGCAUGAGGACCUUACUUCCCUGGGUGGCGGUGGUGUUGCUCUGGGGAGGGCUUCCAUCAGCCGCUGGAAACUCCCUCAGCUGUUAUACCUGCGUCUCCAUGCCUAACGACCUGACCUGCUUGAAUGACCCCGAAAGCGUGACCAGCAGCGUGCCAAUCACCGACUGCGACAUGGAGGGCGAAGUGUGCUGUACUAUCACUCGCAUCAACUUUCUCGAGGAUGAAACCAAGCUUCAGUCCUUCUCCCGCGGGUGUACUGACAAGUGUCCCAAGAAAAGUUUCGAGGAGGUGAAGGACGCUACCUACGUCACCUACAGCACUGUCUGCAAAACUCCGAAGUGUAACGUGGGGCCAGGAGACAAGCCGCUGACUGGCAAAGGAGGAUCACAGGAUGCUAAGUCUAAUGAAAUAUGGGGCAUCCAAGGUUUACCAAGCAGUGCCGACGCCCUCAGUGCCUCCCUCCUCCUCCUCUUACCUGCCCUCACUCUCCUCCUGCUGCAACAGAAAUAAAGGGACCUCCGCGGAAUUCCUCUACCACCGAAUCUUCCACUGCUCUUACAUAUUCAAUAGGGAGUUUUUAAAGAUCAGGCAUAUUUAUAUAUCGCGAUGAUAGACUGAUGGACUAAAUGAACCUCCACGAAAUUCCUCCACCACUGACACGUCUUUCACUGUAUC